AAGAGGACGUCGGAUUGGGAGUUUGGGAUAAUUCUGACGGAGAGGACAGUGAGAAGUUGAAUAUAUCACUCUUUGGUUCACUGAAGGAGGAGAGAGGGAGCGAGGGAGAGAGGGAGCGAGGGAGAGAGGGACCGAGGGAGAGCAGAGGACGUGUGCCCAUGAGGUCGUUGCUGUUGGUGCUCCUGCUCAUUGGCAUCCAGGCUGUACUGAACAUGGAAGGGGCCCUGGGCCCGGUGGCUGCCAACCACAGUGCAGGACAGCACACAGCAGCCAAUGGCAGAGCAGAACAGCACACAGCAGCCAAUGGCAGAACAGAACACCACUCAGCAGCCAAUGGCAGAGCAGAACUACAGAGGAUGGCCCGCCUGUCAGUGUCACCUCAGCAGGAGCAGCCAGCAGCAGACAGGGACACUCAGCAGAGACCCAGCCGGACCAGACAGGCCCACAGACCAGCCUCUCUACCCCAGGACAGGAGUUCUUCCCUGGGCCACUCUGAGACAGACUCCUCCUCUUCCCCCUCCAUCCCUGAGGUGGACCCCAAACUGUUCAGCAAGCGGAAGUACCGCACCUCAUCACGCGUCGUCUUCAGCGACGUACCCCCUUCUCACCACACCCUAGGGGGGGAGACAGGGGAUGAGGAGGAAGGGGUGAGGGAUGGGGGAGUGAGGGUGAGGCGGAGAGCGGGGGGGCAGCCUAUGCACAGGGGGGAAUACUCCGUGUGCGACAGCAUCAGCGUGUGGUUGGGGAACCUGACCAAGGCCACAGACAUCGCCGGCAACGAGGUGGAGGUUCUGCCAGAGGUGAAGAUAGACAACGUCCGCAAGAGACAGUUCUUCUACGAGACCACCUGCCGCGUGGCCACACUCCCGGGGGGCGGAGCUGGGGCUGGGGGAGGGGCCAGUGGAGGCAUUUCUAAAGCAGGGUGCCGCGGCAUCGACAGCCGUCACUGGAACUCGUACUGCACCAACACGCACACGUACGUGCGCGCGCUCACCAAGUCCAAGGAGCAGACGGCGUGGAGGCUGAUACGCAUCAACGCAGCGUGUGUGUGUGUCCUCAGCCGCAAGUCCUGGAGGCACUGACCUCUCACCCCUAGGACUAUGGACCCAAAUAUAUACACACACACACACACACACACAAACAAACACCGAUUGCACAGUCAGACACGUAAACAACCUUGAAACAGCCACUACGGAUGUAUUGUAGUGUUAGACUCCCCUCCCACACAGAGACACACUCCCACACACAGAGACACACUCCCACACACAGACACACUCCCACACACAGACACACUCCCACACACAGACACACUCCCACACAGACACACUCCCACACACAGACACACUCCCACACACAGACACACUCCCACACACACAGACACACUCCCACACACACAGACACACUCCCACACACAGACACACUCCCACACACAGACACACUCCCACACACAGACACACUCCCACACACAGACACACUCCCACACACAGACACACUCCCACACACAGACACACUCCCACACAGACACACUCCCACACACAGACACACUCCCACACACACUCCCACACACUCCCACACACAGACACACUCCCACACACAGACACACUCCCACACACACUCCCACACACACUCCCACACACACUCCCACACACAGACACACUCCCACACACAGACACACUCCCACACACAGACACACUCCCACACACAGAUACACACUCCCACACACAGACACACUCCCACACACAGACACACUCCCACACACAGAUACACACUCCCACACACAGACACACUCACACACACAGACACACUCCCACACUCCCACACACAGACACACUCACCUGUAUCCGACCAGCCCCUUCCCCUCUCCCACACACAGACACACUCCCACACACAGACACACUCCCACACAUAGACACACUCACCUGUAUCCGACCAGCCCCUUCCCCUCUCCCUACCUCAGUCAGAUUUCUGGUUCUUCUAACUUAUGAGGACUGCAUGUCAUAUUUAUAGUUUAUACAGUGGAAUAUAUAUUAAAUAAGUGUAUAUAUACAGGGCCUUCGGUAACUAUUCAGACCCCAUGACUUUUCAACAUUUUCUUACGUUACAGCCUUAUUCGAAAAUUAUUCAAAUAAAAUAAAUGGCUCAUCUAACUACACACAAUACCCCAUAAUGACAAAGAGAAAACAGGUUUGUAGACAUUUUUGCAAAUGUAUCACAAUUCACAACAGAAAUACCUUAUUUACAUAAGUAUUCAGACCCUUUGAUAUGAGACUCGAAAUUGAACCACCAAGACUCUUCCUAGAGCUGGCCGCCUGGCCUAACUAAGCAAUCAGGAAAGAAGGGCCUUGGUCAGGGAGGUGACCAAGAACCCGAUGGUCACUCUGACAGAGCUCUAGAGUUCCACAUGUGGAGAUGGGAGAACCUUCCAGAAGGACAACCAUCUCUGCAGCACUCCACCAAUCAGGCCUGUAUGGUAGAGUGGCCAGACGGAAGCAGCUCCUCAUUAAAAGGCACAUGACAGCCCACUUGGAGUUUGCCAAAAGGCACCUAAAGACUCUCAGACCAUAAGAAACAAGAUUCUCUGGUCUGAUGAAAACAAGAUGGAACUCUUUGGCCUGAAUACCAAGCAUCACAUCUGGAGGAAACCUGGCACCAUCCCUACGGUGAAGCAUGGUGGAGGCAGCAUCAUGCUGUGGGGAUGUUUUUCAGCAGCAGGGACUGGGAGACUAGUCAGGAUCGAGGGAAAGAUGAACAGAGCAAAGUACAGAGAGAUCCUUGAUGAAAACCUGCUCCAGAGCCUCAGGACCUCAGACUGGGGCGAAGGUUCACCUUCCAACAGGACAACGACCCUAAGCACAAGUAAAGGGUCUGAAAACUUACUUAAAUGUGAUUUAUUUUUAGUUAAUUUUUUUAAUAUAAAUUAGCAACAAUUUCUAAAAAACUAUUUUCUCUUUGUCAUUACGGGGUAUUGUGUGUAGAUUGAUGAGGGGGGAAACUAUUUAAUACAUUUUAGUGUAAGGCUGUAAAGUAACAAAAUGUGGAAAAAGUCAAGGGGUCUGAAUACCAUUCGAAGGCACUGUACAUCAUGAAUUCAACUUGUUGUUGUUGAUGAUGAUGCUGUUAUUUAUUAAACACUUCAGUACAUGCCUGUCUCCUGUCUCCUGCCUCCUGUCUCCUG